AUGUUGCCAAUUGUAGACAGAAAAAGGGACAGCAGAAGACGCGCUAGUUCAGCUCUUUUGUUAAAGACGGAGAAAAUGACGGAAGAAGAAGUGAUAGUCAAACUACUAAAACGCAGCAAGGAAAGCAAAAAUACCAGUUCGACGAUCAUCGACGAAUGACAACUGCUUCUUAAAGAUUAUCUGCAAGACUAAACAUCUCUUUCUGUCCUAGAUUUGCCCAGCGGCAGGCAAAUUAAGACAGGAACUUGAAAUCGAUCGAGGUAAGCAUGCCUUUUGAAGUUAAACAUAUUUGAACGAAAGAUAACACAAUUAUUUUAUCUGGCUUUCGUAUGAUAUGAAGAAUCAGGCAGACCUGGGAGCGAGGCAGAUAAGCCGUGCCAGAUAAUACCCUCGACCUCGAUCUGUCCAAUUCUUUCAUAUCAUACUAGAAUCGAAUCCAAUAAUUGCGGAUUAGCCUAAAUACUCCAACAAUAUUAGGAUAUACAAAGCGAAAUAAAUUUUGUCUUUUUUCUAUAAAAGCAGUUUUAUUAACACAAAAAGUUAAAAUUGUAGGUUUAAAAGUUUUCGGUAUUGUUUGAAAUAAAAAAUUUUACGACAUUCAAGAAUAUCGAGAUACCUCAUUUUUCCUCAGUAAAACAGUUUUGAAAAUCAUUUCAUUUCCUGAAGUGAGAUAAGGGUGUUAGAACACUUCGUUGUGUCUUCUUUUCCGCGAGAUGUUUAAAAUUUCCUCUUAGAAAAUAAAAUCUGUAGUUUAUAAAAAUUUUUCACUCACUGAAAAUAUUUUACUGCCAUGGUAUUUAAGGCAGUUCAAAGAAUGUACAUGAUUCCGUGAUAUGUCCGUUCCAACAUGACUUCUGUGUGUUCACAGUCAGAUUUUUAAGGAGUUAUAAUAACUCCUCUAGAGGGGUUAAUUUAACUCCUUAAAACUCCUUAUAGAUUAACUCCUUAUAGAUUUCUUCAAAAUUCUAUCUGUGAAGUAUGUAACGAAACGCGAAACGAAUGAGCGGCGAUAGAAUAACUUCAGUUCAUACGUUACAUGGCUUCUGGUUGGACAAACAAUUUCUCCACCGUGGGUCAUGAUUGACAAAAAACGUGCAAAAAUUUACAUGACCAAAUUCAGCACUGAAUCACAUAAUAGGGACUUAAAGCAAAUGGUUACGGCGACCUCUACUGUGGCGGUUGUGGAUGCGGAGUGCUAGAGAAAGUACGUCACCGUAGCCUGCCAAAAUUUCAAGUUUAAGUAAGCGCGUCCAAACAGUGACUAAGGCGUUUCUUGCUCACUUGCUAUCGUUGUUAGUAAGUCGUAAUGACCUCCUUUAGAGAAGCAAGGGAUGUUAAUUUUCUCUCUCAUGAUCAAGGAUUAAUCACUGACGAUAAGUUUUUGUUGCUGGAUGAUUUGUACAAACCCCAAAAUCUGGAUUUUCCGUACAAAUUGUACACGGCAUCUGACCUAGGUUGAGGAUAAGAAAUUUUAAAGUGACAAAACGCAGGAAAACACGUAAUUACUGGAAAACCGGAAGCGUCCAAUACUUUCUUGAUAAAGCAAAAAACAAUCUAUGAUAGGAUUUAAGACCUGUGAUUGAAAAAAAUAGGAGAAAACUAGACUUUUAUACUCAAGCAGUAGCGACUAUGCCACAAGACAGGUCUUCACCUUAUAGGAUUUUGCGCUCGGGCGAAAGGUCAUUUCCAGGCAUUUGCACUGCGUCAUUUUUGGGCUUUUACUUCCGGCCGCCGUAGUAGAGGUCGCCGAGGCGAUUUUCUUAAAGUCCCUAAUACCAACUCCGCGGUAUCGCCAGUACCUUGCGCGUGCGGUCAGCCAUAUGGCCUUAGGCGACUUUCUCUCUUGGCGAAAGGUAUUACUUGCGAUUACUGACCCAGCCGUUUUACGAGGCGAGUUCACAUGCUCCACCUCACACAUGUGGCUGUGGAGGCUCGGGGGCGCAAAACAGUUCUCGGCAAGCGUAUAG